AUGUUGUCGCCGACUGGCUUCGUCCAGGAUAGGCAAACACCCAAGAUAACUGUCCACAAUACUGUCAAGCCACGUUAUGAUCAUGCCCUUUCCAAUUCGGCUCAACUUGGAGACGCUAUCCCAGCAACAUACUCUCUCCAAGCCCACCUGACCGGCCAAUUGGAUCUAGACAACAUGCUAUCAACGGAUGACUUCUCGGAGGCGCUAACCCAUCCGCUUUUCUCACCAGCAUUGAUAUCAGAGGGUUUAGCUGAGCUUGCUGCUCUCGAAGCUGGCUCCGUCGGCUUCAAUACCAAUUCCGCAAGGUCUCAGCCUGUGGCUCACGAGCCCUUAGACAAUUCCAGACUUCAAUCACUAGAGGAUCAAAUCGCGCGUUUGAAAAAACAAGCUUUCUUCCAGGAAUCGGUAACCAAAGCUAGAGUUGCGGAGAUGGUAGAGCUUCGACAACAUAUCGCCAGCCUAGAAGACCAAAACAGCGAGCUCUAUGAGAGCGUGCAGAAGGCACAACAGGCUCGGUUUGAGAAACAGAAACGGCGGGAAGAGCGUGCGCUCAGACGUAGAGAAGCAUGGUUUGAAGCUGAGAAGAACGGACAGGAUGGAGAUGUACUUAUGCGGGAAAUGGAAGCUGAGGAUGAAGAGGAGACAAGCGUCACAGAUGUUAUGAGUAGUGGCGAUGACUAA